ACGCUGCUGACAGAGUAGCAAAAUAAUGCUUCCCUUCAGAGCCAGCAGGACAUCAGGUCACAUAUGGCUUCUGUCUGAGGGCACAUCAGUCAGACCUGAUAGGUGAUGAUCCAUUGAUUUGCAGCUGGUAUUAUGGUCAUUCAACCAGAUCCAUGGCCCGCCAGUUAGCUUGCAUCUCUAAGGACCCUACCCAGGAGGGGACACAGUACAAUUGCAGGGAGACGGGGGUCAAGUGCAGAUGUUGGGAGAGGUGUUGUGGUCUUGGUGCCAGACCCUGUGCGAGCCACAGAGCUUAUGGUGGCUUUGAAGAAAGUGGCUUGUCUCCAGUGCCCAGGCUGGUGAGAGAGAGAAGUGGGAGUUUCGGCCAGGGAGGACACCAAGCUGGCCGCGCCCUCUGUGGGUGUUCCUUGCAGCACUUGGCAUUGUGAGCAGUGGUGUCAGUUGCGAGGGUCACAGGUGUGGUGUUCCCACAGUUCCUCUGUCCCUGGGCUGUGGGGCCAGCCAGUCUCCCACACGUCACCGGGUCCUUGCUCAGCAGGGCUCCUCGCAGAUCCUGGAGUGAUGGCCAGUCUGAACGUGUCCCUCUCUUUCUUUUUUGCCACCUGUGCCCUCUGUGAGGUGGCGAGGAGAGCAUCCAAAGCCCUUCUCCCGCCGGACACCUACGUCAGUUUUUCCCGGGAGGCAUUGGGCGCUGCCCAGCUGGCAGCCUGCUGCCUAGAGCUGCGUGUGUUGGUGGAACUUGGCCCCUGGGCCGGGGGCUUCGGGCCCGACCUGUUGCUGACCCUGGUCUUCCUGCUCUUUGUGGUGCAUGGGGUCACCUUUGAUGGGGCCUCUGCCAACCCCACUGUGGCCUUACAGGAGUUCCUCAUGGCAGAGGCGUCGCUGCCCAGCACUCUACUGAAAGUGGUGGCCCAGGUGCUGGGCGCUCAGGCUGCCUGUGCCUUGACCCAGCGCUGCUGGACCUGGGAGCUCAGCGAUCUACACAUGCUGCAGAGCCUCAUGUCCGUGCACUGCAGCUCAACCCUGCGCACGUCCAUGUUGCAGGGCACGCUGGUGGAGGGGGCCUGCGCCUUCUUCUUCCAUCUGAGCCUCCUCCGCCUGCAGCACAGCCUUCCUGUCUACAGGGUGCCUGCCCUGGCCCUGCUGGUCACUGUCAUGGCCUACACAGCUGGGCCCUACACAUCUGCCUUCUUCAAUCCUGCCCUGGCCGCCUCUGUGACAUUCCACUGCUCUGGGAACACCUUGCUGGAGUACACCCAUGUGUAUUGCCUGGGCCCUGUGGCAGGGAUGAUCCUGGCUGUCCUACUCCAUCAGGGCCACCUUCCCCGCCUUUUCCAGAGAAAUCUGCUCUACCGGCAGAAAACCAAAUACCGAACUCCCAGAGGGAAGCUGUCCCCGGGUUCUGUGGAUACCCAGAUACCCACAAAGGAGUAUAGUGGCAAAAGUUUGUAGCUUUAUAUACCAGAGCUGUAGCCACUGGGGUCCAGCUGAGCUGUCUUGCUCACAGAAGCGUCAGUCACCUCCUGAAACUUCGGGGCUCCCCUCCAUGGAAACCAUUUAUCAAUAAACAGUUGCUAAGA